CCCAUCGGGGAAAGACAAACGGCUGUGAGGAGCACUCGGGACCUGCCUUCAGUGAACCAUGGGGCUCAGUGAUCAGGAAUGGCAGCAGGUCUUGACCAUCUGGGGAAAGGUGGAGUCUGACCUCCCUGGCCAUGGGCAUGCAAUUUUAAUGAGGCUCUUUCAGGAUCACCCGGAGACCCUGGAUCGCUUUGAAAAGUUCAAAGGCCUGAAGACCCCUGAACAGAUGAAGGGCUCUGAAGAUCUGAAGAAACAUGGAGUUACCGUCCUUACCCAGCUGGGCAAAAUCCUGAAGCAGAAGGGUAAUCAUGAGUCAGAGUUGAAGCCCCUGGCUCAAACCCAUGCCACCAAGCACAAAAUCCCUGUCAAAUAUCUGGAGUUCAUUUCUGAAGUCAUUAUCAAGGUCAUUGCCGAAAAACACUCUGCAGACUUUGGGGCUGAUUCCCAGGCUGCGAUGAAGAAGGCCCUGGAGCUGUUCCGAAAUGAUAUGGCCAGCAAGUACAAGGAGUUUGGUUUCCAGGGUUAGCACAUAUGCACAGAAGGACACCACAAUGGAGGCCUGGCCGUGCAUCUUAGAGUAGCUUCCCCAGCACUGUUUUGGACAUCUUACAACUGGCCAUCCAAGGUGUGUGGGAAAGCUUUGAUGAGAGGCCAAGAGUCACUCCAGGCAGUGUAGAGGCACUCAGAGUGAUAUCCAUGAUAAACCAUUGUUUCCUGGCUUCAUGUAUACAACAGAAAUAAUCUGCUUUCUUAGGAAAAAUAAUGUAAGGGGUUAUCUGUGAGCUUCUGC